AUGGCUACUACCGAGGAACCAAUUCUCUCUAGGAUAGACCGUUUGGAUAACAUGUUGAGGCACCUGGAGGAAAUUAGAGGGUACAAUCGAUCUCCAAAGAGCUCGUGUGCAUCCACUCCAACAAGUGGAAGUGAUGGACACGUGUCAUCUGUUGAUUUCUCCCCGAAGAACUUGGAGAAGCACUGCCGUCCGAUCGAGAACGUGAUGAUGGAAACGGAAGUCAAAGGAACGAUGAUAGAGAGACUCAACCAAGUGGAAGAUCGCAUGCUGAAGCUUGAGGAAGAGUGGGCAGCAGAGACGAAGAGAGAAGAAAAGAAGAAGGUGAACAGUCCAAAGAAGGGUUUGAAACAGUUUGUGAAGCAAUGUGUGAAAGCCAGGGGAAAACAACAUGAUAAUAAAAAAGCAUCAAUGAAUAAUAACCAUUAA